GCUGUUUAUAUCUCACAUCCUCGCCAUUUCCACGGCUUCUUUCGCGCGGCGAGAGAUCCAAAGAGGCUCCAGAGUUCUUCAACUCACCCAACUGUCUCAACGUCGAAAACGACGUCGACUUCGCCUGUUCAGACAAAGCCGUCCACGUGGCAAUGACCUUAGACGCGGCUUACCUCCGUGGCUCAAUGGCCGUGAUUCUCUCCGUCCUCCAACACUCUUCUUGCCCUCAAAACAUCGUUUUCCACUUCGUCACUUCAAAACAAACCCACCGACUCCAAAACUACGUCGUCUCCUCAUUUCCUUACUUGAAAUACCGAAUUUACCCUUACGACGUAGCCGCCAUCUCCGGCCUCAUCUCCACCUCCAUCCGCUCGGCGCUCGACUCUCCGCUAAACUACGCAAGAAACUACCUCGCCGAGAUCCUCCCCACGUGCCUCUCACGUGUCGUAUACCUCGACUCGGAUCUCAUACUCGUCGACGACGUCUCCAAGCUCUUCACCACUCACAUCCCCACCGACGUCGUUUUAGCCGCACCUGAGUACUGCAACGCCAACUUCACCACUUACUUCACACCAACGUUCUGGUCAAACCCUUCUCUCUCCAUCACACUCUCGCUCAACCGUCGUCGUCCACCGUGUUACUUCAACACCGGAGUGAUGGUCAUCGAGUUAAAGAAAUGGAGACAAGGAGAUUACACGAGGAAGAUCAUAGAGUGGAUGGAGUUACAGAAGAGGAUUAGAAUCUACGAGCUUGGGUCUCUGCCACCGUUUUUGCUUGUCUUCGCCGGAAACAUAGCUCCGGUAGAUCACCGGUGGAACCAACACGGGUUAGGAGGAGACAAUUUCAGAGGAUUGUGUCGGGAUUUGCAUCCAGGUCCAGUGAGUUUGUUGCAUUGGAGUGGGAAAGGGAAGCCUUGGGUAAGGCUUGACGGUGGCACACCUUGUCCGCUCGAUGCGCUUUGGGUUCCUUAUGAUUUGUUAGAGUCACGGUUCGAUCUCAUCGAGAGUUCGAUUAUAAUCUAGACGUUACUGUUUUUUUUUAAACAAUACAUAAUUUUUGACUGGAUGUGAAGAGUUACUAAUAUUUGAAUAAAAAUACGUACUAGGAAGGAUAGUCGGGUGUGUAAUUAGUUUGGUGGUGGUAUUAAUACUCUUGUAACUCGUAAGUAUUGCCGUCUUCUAGCAUAAUUAACUCGAUACCUAUACGGUAAUAGUGAAUUGUGAAUACAUAUCUACCGAAUGUACUACGGCGAGUCUGAAAUAAAGUUGUAAUAACAAUUAAAUAAUAU